CUUGGCAUCACUGAAUAAAAUUAUUAAACAUAUCUGCUGAAGGUUUCGCGCGCAUAAAAUAAGCUUGUGUAUGAAACGUCUAUUGACAAUAAAAUAGGCUUUGAUAAUGGAUUCUAAUUUAGGUCGAGGUUUUUAUGAGGUUUAUAAUUCCUCGAAAGAAAUACUAAAAAAUAAUCAAACGCACUUGUAUUGUAAUAUGUUGGAUUUGCUAGCCAACACGAGUAAAAGCACUCCUUCAUCUGCAAUUGGAAAGAUUUGUUCUGUUGAUGAAUUAGUACGUUUUUGGGUAGAAGAUAUACUUCCGCUAGCUUUUGAUGACAACUCGACGAUACAGGGCAGUGCUGUAUCAGCUUUGGAACAAGGUUUAUUAACUUUAGAUAUUGGCAAUAUUCCAAAUCAUAGUUGUUGGAAUAAUUUAAAAAAUGCAAUUGUGAAGGAAUUUGCAUCCCGAGUGCACCAACUUCGAGAAGACCGAAAUCAAUAUUGGCAUCGAAUAUGGUGUAUACUUGUUCGCCUGUUGGAUCGCGAAAUCUUGAAAAGUGCAAGCACUAUAAAUUUGUUUCUUUCUAUUGUUGAGCUUGGAUUUCGUAGUCCAGAUAACUCAGUAAGAGCAGAAGCGUUUACUUGUUGGCAUCUACUAAUUCAAAUCUUUGCAAAUCAUAAUCAGUUAUCAUCUCCCAAGCGGUUAAAACUUGUGUGUAUUCCUCUAAAAUCAUCACAGUCUAAAACGCCUUAUGUCGCUGCUGUAAAAUUACGUAUUUGGUGGUAUUUGAUAACAUGUUUAGGUCCACAAAGUGAGGAUAACUUUGAAAAUGUUGUUGAAUCAUUUUUAGUAUUUUGCUUUGGGUCGCAAUCAAAAAGCUCUCUAGGAAUAGCCCAGCAAUACAUUUCUGUACGAGAAUUGGCAUUGACAUGCCUAGUAGCCAUAGUGUGCAAAGGACGGGAUGAAUUUGUACAAAAACUAUUGCGGGAAUACGAGUUAGAAUUCAUGUGUCAAGAUACGCAAUUGAUAACUUCAAUAAUUGUUGAAAAACAUUGGAAAUCAAUAUUUUAUGCUAUUUUGGAAGCCUCGAAUUUGAUUGUCGAAAGUGAAAAACGGAGUGAUAUUGAACAACGACUGCUAAAUAUACUGACCAAAAGUGCAACUCGCAUAAUGAUUAAUAAUGAUAUGUCUGUAUCAUAUGAGUAUUAUUGUUUCAGCUUAAUCCAAAUGAUUGCAAAAAGCAGUAGUCCUAUAACAAUAGCAGCUAAUAUAAUUGCAACUGAAGGACUUCGUUUAUCACGUUCUAUCCUGGAUUUUGAAAAUUACAUUAAAAUAAUACAAUGUUUGGUAAAAUUUUUAACCACUGGAAAAGAUUUUCUUUUUUCUAAUGUUAUUCAGCAGUGCACCGGUAAAAUAUCUAAUUUAGAUGCUUUUCUACCAAACCAACUUUGUUGGCGUGCUGUGGAGUUGGUAGCUGAUUAUUUCAUCAAUACACCAAAUGAUGAAGGUUUUGAGUACUUUGAAGUAAAAUUCCUUAUAUGGCGUAAUAUUUCUUCGGAAAUGGUAAAUUUAUUAAGAAAUAACUCCUUUGGUCGUACAGCGCAGGAGUUCGUUCAUUCAUUAAUAUCCUGGAGUUUAUGGCCGUUACGCAUGAAAACACUACUGGUAGAUCACAGCAAUUGAAUGAAACAGGGAACGUUUUAAACGCUAUUUUAGAUACUGGUUAUGAAUCUGAAGUUUUUAUUAAUCUUCUUAAUGCGUAUGCGGAUGAAGUGAUCAAACAUGAUUCCAACAAUUAUUCGACACACUUUGAACAAUUAUUUGCUCUCCUAAACAAGUUGAUUAAAAAACAAAUGACAAAAAGAGAAAAGGAAAAAUUGCUUACAAUUUUUCGAUGUGUUCUCCACGGUUUAAAAUUACCUGAAAGUAGCUCUCUGGUGGAGGCCAUUAUAUCUACACUUAAAGAUGCUAUAAACAUGUCAUCAAAAGACGGCGUAGAUUCAAAGUUUUAUGAAGAGUGGAAACAUUCUGUUAUAAAUAUUACUCGUGCUUCCCUGAGUAAAAAUUUCGCAACUCAGGUUUUAGAUUUAUUUAAAGAUGACGUGUAUGUCAUCAUACCAUCGGUAUGGAGCCUUAAGCCGGAAAAACUAACAGAUAGACAAAAGGAGCGCAUAGCAGAAAAGACAAACAUACCAGCACUAUAUAACGAUAUGAGUCAGUCGCAGGAUUCGUUAAUAAAACCUUGGACACCUAAAAAAAUAGUUAUAGCUAAAGAGGACCAAAACGAAAUUGUUAUAGAAGACCCCUAUACACGGCAGAAACAUUCCAUUGAAAACAGUUUCUUUAGAGUACCAAAUUCCACCUCCGAUGCAAAGUAUCUAAAUAAUGAUUCAAUAUUUUUGGGGAAAUCCAGGAACAAAAACCAAGAUUGUUUUGAGGAUCUUCCUAACAGCACGGCAGAUAAAAGUAUCGAUCGAAACAUUAUAGAAGUUAUUGAAAAUGUAAAUUCUUCAUCUCUACAAAUUGAGGUAGACAAAAUCGACAACAAGCAG